AAUGCUUCGAAGAAAUUUCUCUAGAAUUUUUGAAAGAUUAUCCUGUAAGCAUGCUGUGCACUGUGAUUGCAUUGACAAUCCACGCAAGAUGUGUCCUACACUCCUACCUGCCCUUCGUCUGAAACGAUGUCAGAGGUAUCAACUCUAAUAGAACAGGAUCCGAGUGAUGCACAGAAAAAACGUACUAGAGAAUCGUCCGCAUCUACCGAAAAAUCGUCUAGCAAGAAAGCGAAAAAGACUGGUGGGAAGAAAGUAUCGAGCAUGCUAAAAAAACUUAUCGAAGAAUUAUUAACUGAUGUGAUAUCAGAUGUAGCUGGAGAGAACUUGGAAGAAGCAAGUGAAAACGAAACCAGCAAUUUUUUGCAACUAUACGAUAAGAUUGAUAGCGCUGAAUCUAAAAAUGAAGAUGCAUCUCAAGGUCUUAUUUACAGCUAUUUUGAUUUUGGGGAAGCUGUAUUUAAACGAUACAAGGAAUUAAAACUCGAGCAUGGUAAGGAUGGAUCUCAAGCAUUGGUUAAAAGUGAGGUCAGAAAAGCGAUUCCUGAAGCAAAAUGUUCUGACGAAGCUUUGCGAAAAAGGAUGGAGAGAUCCGAAAAGGUUUAUAAGCUUUUUAAUAGUAUAGGCAAAGAAAAAAUAGCGCAGAUUAAAACCACCCCUCCAGGUUUUAUCUUAAAUCUAACUAAGGAUGAAAAGGAUUAUGUAAUGGCCGAAGUCUUAAAACAGAAACUUCGUUAAUGUCCUGCGCAUUUUUGCCGAGCCCGGACACGGUGUCCAGACUCUACCAUUAGAAAAAUAGUAUUUCUUACACAUGUAUUUUCAAACAUAUAUUAAUAAAGCAUUUGCAGUUAGCGUAAC